CGCACAUACAUACAUACAGAACAGAGAGACGUGGCAGACCCUCAGACCCGGUCGUCUGCCGCGACUCACUGCCACCCACAUAUCCGCCCAUCCCACCUCAUGCUUUUUUUGGCCUUGCCUUGCCUUGCCUUGCCUUGCCUUGCCUUGCCCUGCCCGUCACACACCUCUCCCGGCGCGCGGCGUCAGACCCGCGUGCCUCCAUUCCGUUCUCGGUUUUUUCUUUUCUCUUUGGGCACCCAGCCAGCGGGUGCGGCGCCAUCCCAACGCCCGGGAAUAACUAGGUGGCAGCAGCAGCCAACAAGCCAACAGCCGCGGUCCGAGCCCGAAUCUCACGCCAGCGUCGCAGGGCUCUCUCUCUCGUUGCCAGUCCAGUCGUCUCGUUGUCAGUCCAGUCGUCUCGUUGUCAGUCCAGUCGUCUCGUUGUCAGUCCAGUCGUAUCGUUGGUUCCGCACUCCCUCCCUCCCUCCCCGUUGGGCGUACGGCGUCAGAUCUGUGCGACUCGAGUAGCCGCCACCAACCCGUUUUCCGGUCGUCUUGCUGUUUCCCGGGGCUUGUAUACACAGAACAUGCAGGGUGGGAAACACGUCAUCGACACCGGCCCGGGAGAAAGGGACGAACGCACCAUGGGGAACCUCCGGGUCCGACGAUGAGAACCUAACGUCUAAGUAUUCCGUGACAAUGUCUGUCGCCUGUCUAACUGUACCCAUGCCAAUCCCGAUAUACCGCUAUCCGUAGCAUGCGCCCCUGCUUGUGC